UAAACCGAUCGAGAGAUCAAAGUUAAUCUGCAUUGGGGUAGAAAUAAUACUCGAAAUGAACGCAAGUUAAUCGGAGUCGGAGUCGGAGCUCGAAGUUGGAGUCACCCUAACGUAUUUGAAUUAAGUGUUCCCCGCUAAUGCGUCCGAGCUUAGCGAACAUAUGUUCCCCUGAUAAUUCCGCCGAUGUCUGGAGAGUACAAUCGAUCCCCUUCUAAACUAAACUCCUCGAAUCGACUCUCGCGCGUACUUCAGCCGUCCGCUGGAUCUCCCGUCGCAGUGGACACCUGGCUCGCGAAUCCCAUCGGAAACUACGGGACGGUCCAAUCAACGGGGGGGAAGGGAAGGGGGUGACCGAGGCGCGAUUCCAUUAUGAUGAUGAUGCGGGUGUAGAAUUCAUCAAUCGAGAUGCGUCAGCGCUACGCUAAUACGCUUAUCUCCGCCGCAUUCCUCGCCAGCACGUUCAGACGCGAGUCGCGUCGAUUUGUUCUCGGUUGCUCCCUCCACGUUCCCGUCCGCGCCUAGAGAGAGCCUAGAGACUCCCGUCGCGUCGCGCGUGUUCCGCUCGUUAACGCGCGCGAGUGUCUCGGACGCUGCCAGUGGCCAGUGUUCGCGAGGGCGGUGUCGCGGGAUGUAAACACAUCCGCGUCGCAGCUCGAGGAAGACCCGCGGCAGAAAGAGAGAAAGGGAGAGAGGAGACUUCCGACUUCCGACGGGAUUUCGCUCGGCUCGGCGAUCAUGAGUUGACACGUCGCGCCUCGACGUCGCGCCAGCGUUAAAUGCCGCCCGCGCCAGCCGCCGGAUGGAGAUGGACGUCGCGGAGGACGCCGAGGCCGCGCUGGACCCGCGCAUCCAGAUCGAGUUGGAGAACUUGAACAAUGCAGCAGACAAUAUUAAUAAACUGGAGACUGAAUUGGAUGAAGCCCACACUGCUUUUGGGCAGCUCCUUUCGGAUACAACAAGGAGGCUGAAAGAAAUUACGGAUAAACUGGGCACUAGCUGCAUUGAAAAGGCAAGAUGUUAUUACGAAGCACUGGAGAUGGCUCAUCAAGCUCAGGUGCAGUGUCAGCAGCAGGCGCAGCUAUUUCAAAGAGCCAGCGAAAUUCACGCAGCGGCGAAGGAAACAGUCGCCCUGGCCGAAGCGCGAUUCAUGUCUCAUCAGCAUGAGUGGAAUUUUGACCAGGCAUGGCAGGAUAUGCUCAAUCAUGCUACCAUUAAAGUCAUGGACGCGGACAAUCAAAAGGCGGAGUGCGGUCGAGAACAUCACAGACGGGCGAUGCUGUUCCACGACGCCGAGAAAAGGCUAUUGCAAUUGGAAGAGAAGCAUCGAAAUGCAAUAAUAAAAGCGAGAUCGUACUUUGAGGUGAAGACCCAGUGCGAUCAGAUGCUGGCGACGCAGAAGGACAGAGUAGAGUACCUGCAGCAAGCUGUUAAGGAAGCCAAACGUAAUUAUGCAACGAGUCUCCGGACGUUGGAAGAAAUUAGUAAUCAGAUACACCAACAACGAAGAGAUUAUGAUAUCGUGGCUAAGGGACCGCGAGAACCUGGCGUCGGUGCCGAGCUCAUUGGUUCAGACACGCGCCAGAAGUAUAAGAACGAGUUUAAUGAUUCCGACAGUCACAAAAUAUCUCCCAUUAGAUAUAACGAAAAUGGGAACAGUGAAAAACUGCACGAUAUCGAAAAGUCUUGCUCGACGAAGAAUGAUGCGGAACAUCUUGACAAGAGAUCCGUCGACGGCAGCGAGAGCAAGUUCACGCAAUGGGAGCUCGAGUUGCAAGCCAGUGUGGAAAAAUUAAAUCGCUUGUCGAUGGAGAAUUCGUUACAUGUCGAGGAGCGCGAUGCACAAAGUUCUUCCGAUCUGCGAUCUGACACGAUUGAAGUCAACACCGUGAACGGGACGUGCUACGAUCCUUUAUCUGGAGUCGAACUGUCUAAAACGCGUAAUUUAAAUCAUUUUUCGAGAUCGACUGAAAAUCCGGGGACUUUGGAAAGGGACAGAUUUAGCAGAUCGAACUUGCUCAAAUCGGGCUCGACGAUCGAUUCGACGACGGCGUUACGCGGCGCGUCGGCGCUCGCUUUAAAGAGCAACACUUCGAAAUCAUUGAACAGUAGUCCAGUGAAUAGAGGUACGUCCAAUUUCGAGAAUAGGAUCACCGAGAAAGCGGGAAGCGCAGGUAUAUCGAAAUACGUGCCAAACAGAAUCUCUCAAUUCAAUAUUAAGGAUAGGAAAACACAGAGCAGCUGGGACAUUAACGCCCCUAACAAUGCCGACGUGGGUGCUACGAGGGAGGAACUGGGAAGAGAUAGACAUAGUGAUACAAACGAUACUUUAGCCAAUAAGAGCCACGUACAACUUACGAAUUUACGUAUCGCGCAAGUUUCUAAUAUCGAGUUCCUGCCUGCGGAAUCUAGUUCAUCGGGACGUCACGUCGCAGCGUCUCCCGGCGUCAGCCAACACUCGACGAACUCGCAGGGCGAUGUCGCAUUCCCGCAAUCACGAUCUAGCUCCAGUAUUCUGCAAAAGAGUGCGUCAUGCAGUGCCAAUUCCAGUCCGAUAAAACGAAAGAACCUAUUAAUAUCGUCCGCCAGAUCCUUGGAUACCGGGAGCGCGGACCAGCUCGACAAGGGUUCAAUUUCCAAAAAGAUCGCGAGUAAAACCGCCAGUAUUAAAGAGUUACCGUUACUAUCGCUCUUCGGACAAACGUCCGCGUUAUCAGCGGCGCUCAGAAGCAAGAGUAGCAGCAUGAUCAAUUUGGGCAGUAAACGAAACCUGAAGACGCUGCUGGACAAUACUCAUCUGGGCAAUAUACAGGCGAUCAGCGCGGAGAGAUUGGCGAACGUGAGGCAAAAGUUGGUCAACGAUUGUCCGGAGGCGAAGACGGGCGAUGUUAAGAAAUAAGUACAAGAACACGAUAAAAUAUCGUAUCGAUUACCGAUAAGUAAUUUCUGCGUUUAACACGUGUGUAAGUAUAGAAUUGUUAUUGUCGUUCACAAGAAGUUCGGAAAUGAAUGAAACGUGCAGGAAUGAAACGUUGUAGCAACGUAACUAACAACAUUCUGAAACAAUUUCGCGUUUUCAAAGAGUUACGAGAGACAUUUCUGUAGCUUUGCUGUAGAUUAUACAGCAGCUAGUUAUCGAAUGUAUGCUGCAACGUUAAUUAAUGAUAUGUAUUAUACAAAUCGAAUUUUAGUUAGGUAUUAAGUUAACAAUUAAUACUUGUAUUAAAACUAAACGUAAUUACAGCAUUACGAUCAAAAAAUGUGAUCAUUGAGGUAUCAGCACGGAUUAAUUAAACAUAAAUCUACCCGCUCAGUCCCAAUUAGGCAUAUUACCUGCUGUUAAAAAUCGACCAGGCGAUGUACGCAUCGUAUCGUUUACUAUUUUCUAAUCUUUUAAUAUGUGCUUUUUUAAUAAAACACGUGUUUCUUAACAACCA